AUGAGCUCGUCGAUCGUGGCAAUGUACAAUACCCAGCUCGUUGGCGAUUCAACCGAUCCGCCCACCAUUCGAGCUGCCAGAAGCUUUGUUAGCCUGGGUGUUAUCUCGUCUGAUGUUAUACCAACCAGAAUAAACUUCUUCCGCCAGGUGCACAACUUCAUCUUCGAUAUCCGUCAGGUGAAGGUCGAGCACCCGGCUGGUUUACACGGGCAAGUGGCUCAAGUGAGCCGAAUAUCUUCGACGAGAUCAAGAUGGGCUCGAAUCAAGUGGCUUCAGAGGGGUUGUGGAAACCUGCUGCUUGAAAGCUGA